AAUGAUUCAUACACUCUAUAGAUUGAUACCCAGAUUCAGAUUUGCCACAACACUUGGAUCAUCCAAUGUAGCUUCUGGUAAUUAGACAUCAGCAACUCAAUCAAAUCCAAUUCCUGUUUAUUUAAGACCUUAUGAAGCCAAGAAGUAUGAGGUACCAUCAUCUAAAAUCAAAUUAACUACUGGAUACAGUUUCCUUGAUGUUGAGCCUAUGCCAAGAGCAAAGAUAAUGAAGUUAUGCUAUACAAUACUUGAUAAAUUAAAGGCAGAAAUCCCCGAAGGUGUUCUUUACAGAAUAUACACAGAAGAGAAACUAAAAUAUAUUAUGCGAAUUACAGAUGAAAUAGAGGAUAUUAGAUAGCUUGAAGAGGAAUUUGGUUUUGAAUAAAUUGAAUUUCUUAUUUAAUAACUUGCCAAAGAAGUUGACUUAGUUGAUCAAAUGAAGUAUACUAACUUUUUUAUAAUUUUAUAGAUAUUAUAAACCUUGGGAGAAGACACAAGAUGAUAGUACAUUUGAAUUGCUUAGAUAACCACAUCCUGCUUUGAAGCAUUAAAGAAACGAAAAGCCAUCCAGAGAAUAAACUAAAUUUAUUGGAAAUUGAUAUUC